ACAGCAUAUUUACAUUCACGAAUUCAAGCUACCUGAAAUAUCCUCAAAUGUGCUCAGAAGGCCCAAUAUAUACCCCUGCUUUAUUAGACUUGAUGCCUGAAAAGUUGUGCACCAUGCGUCAGCUUUUUCUAAUUGCUGUAUUGGUCUUUUUGCCAUAUGUGGUUGCAGGAAAUGCAAGGGAGGUUGAGAACCGGCAGAAAAUUGGAGAGGGGGUCAUUGUAAACGCCUCUCUAUUCUACGACAGCAGCUACUACAGACAGGUUCAUGGAAAAAAGACCUGGCGGGAACAUAACAGCCUACCUUAUCAAUUUGACUCUUCAGGCUCAAGAAUAUUUUAAUAACCAGUCAGUAAUGGUAAAAUUCAACGUAAACAGCACAAUGCAGAAGGACGAUUGGCUGGUUUUUUUUCCAAAUGGGUCCAUUAAUGGCGACAAAACUUUGGAAAACAUGACACAAUACGCCAUAUCGCGAAAUGCUUCCAACAACUCUAUUCUUUAUCACGCUUCCGGAUACAGAUUAUAUGCAGAAUCUGAUGGGCAGGAUUACCAUCCCUUCAGUUUAUCGGAUGUUUCUACAAACGCAACAUUUUGCACAAAGCCAAGCGCGGUAAUAUUUGUGGAGUUUCCAGGAAGUUUAAAUCCUCGCAGCAUGGUGAGAGGAACGGCGGGCACAUUCGGCGCGAAACACCGGGUAGAUUUUACUACUCAAGACAUGCAAGCUAUGAACAAGACCUUUGCGAAUUGCAAACAUGAGAGGAAACGAAGAGGAAAAGGAAGAAAAGGAAAAGGGAAAAAAGGAAAACGCGAAAAAGGAAAAGGAAAGAAAGGCGGCAAAAAAGUGCAAGAAAAUGGAAAAAGCUAGCCGGGCCAAAGUAAC